AUGUGGGACGGACGAAUCGACCCAUGGCGACUCAAAGCCAGCUGUGUGCCCCGGAAUGCCCACGUCCUGCACCCAUCCUCCAUGCCCAUCCCCAUCUCAAUCCCCCCCUUCCACGUGUCCCCUCCAUAUUCCCCCAGCGCGCUGCGGCGUCCGGCCCUGCGUUCGUCCCCAUCCUUCCCAGUGCACUCCCCUCCCUCUGUUCGCUUCCGCACCCCCCCUCACCGGCCUCCCUCACCGCUCCUCCACCACUCGCCCUCGUUCCCUGCGGUGGCGCUGCCACAUGGGGUGCUGGCGGCCUCUGCGUCCCCUCCUGCUGCGCCCCGCCGAGCACAUCACACCGUGUCCUUUGCUGACCACUCUGCCUGUGUCCCUCAGGAGCUGCACCGGCGCUAUGAGGCAGCUCCCGAGUCCACCAAGACCAAGGCCCUGCAGACCGUCAUCGAAAUGAAGGAUGCAAAGAUCAGCUCAAUGGAGCGCGGCCUGAGGGAGCUGGAGGAGGAGGUGAAUAUGUUGAAGUCAAACGGAGCUCUGAGCAGCGAGGAGCGUGAGGAGGAGAUCAAACAAAUGGAGGUGUAUCGCUCCCACACCAAGUUCAUGAAGAACAAAGUUGAGCAGCUGAAGCAGGAGCUGAGUCAGAGCCGCUCACAGACGGACGAGCUGCAGCAGCGGGUGUGCGAGCUGCAGAGCAAAGACUCAGUGGAGCAGGCCAAGCAGGACUUGAAUCGAAAGGACAGUGAGCUGCUGGGGCUGAGGACCAAGUUGGAAACGCUGAACAACCAGUUCUCUGACAGUAAACAGCACGUAGACGUUCUGAAGGAGUCUCUCACGGCCAAGGAACAGAGAGCAGCUAUUCUACAGACCGAGGUGGAUGCACUGCGCCUGCGUCUGGAGGAGAAAGAGUCCCUUCUGUCCAGAAAGACGCAGCAGAUCUCCGAGCUUACAGAUGAGAAGAGCACUCAGGCAGGAGAGAUCAGUGACCUCAAGGACAUGCUGGACGUCAAGGAGCGCAAAGUGUCUGUGCUGCAGAAGAAGAUCGAGAACCUGCUGGACCAGCUGAAGGACAAAGACAAGCAGCUGAGUGGUCUGAAGGACAGACUCAAGUCUCUGCAGACCGACACCACCAACACAGACACUGCUCUAGGCACGCUGGAGGAGGCGCUGGCAGAGAAGGACAAAAUCAUUGAGCGGCUAAAAGAGCAGCGGGAGAAGGAGGAGCGGGAGAAGGGGGAUGAGAUGGAGAGCAGUAAGAAGGAGCAGAAGGAUCUGAAGGAGAAGGUGACCCAGUUGCAGAUCGAUUUAGCAGAUCGAGAGGGGUCUCUAUUGGACCUGAAGGAGAAAGCAUCCACCAUGGCCUCUGCUGCGGUGAAGAGGGACAACCGCCUCAAGACUCUGGAGAUCAGCUUGGAGCAGAAGAAGGAGGAGUGUGUCAAACUGGAGAACCAGCUCAAGAAGGCUCAGAAUGCGUCAGCGGAGUCCCGGGCCUCCUCUGAACUUAGUGAGCGCAUCUCCAGCCUGGAGCAGGACGUGUCCCGGCACAGAGAUGAGGCCACUAAAGCCCACGCAGAAGUGGAGAGGCUGCUGGACAUCCUCCGUGAGAUGGAGGAUGAGAAGAACGACAAGGAGAAGAAGAUCCAUGAGCUUGAGAGACAAAUGAAGGACCAGUCAAAGAAAGUGGCCAACCUGAAGCAAAAGGAGCAGCUGGAGAAGAGCCGCAACGCUCAACUGAUGGAGGAGGCCAAGAAGAGGGAAGACAACCUGAACGAGAGCUCUCAGCAGAUCAAGGACUCUCUGCGACACAAAGAAGAGCGCAUUGAGGAGCUGGAGGAGGCUUUGAGGGAGAGCGUCCAGAUCACAGCCGAGAGGGAGGUGGUGUUGGCCCAGGAGGAGCAUGCCCGAACCCACUCUGAAAAACAGGUGGAGGACUUGCUGACCGCUAUGGAGAAGGUCAAACAGGAACUGGAGUUGAUGAAAGCCAAGCUGUCGUCGACUCAGCUCUCAUUGGCCGAGAAGGAGAACCACCUGACCUCGCUGAGGGCCGAGCGCAGGAAGCACCUGGAGGAGGUCCUGGAGAUGAAGCAGGAGGCACUGUUGGCUGCCAUCAGUGAGAAGGACGCCAACAUCGCCCUGCUGGAGCUGUCCUCGUCGAAGAAGAAGAAGACCCAGGAGGAGGUGUCUGCUCUGAAGAGGGAGAAGGACAGCUUGGUGCUGCAGCUCAAGCAGCAGACUCAGAACAGGAUGAAGCUGAUGGCCGACAACUACGAUGACGACCAUUUGAAGGUGUCUGCUCCGAACCCUGUGGCGCCCAAUCACAAGCCCUCCCCGGACCAGAUGCUCUCCACUCUCCUGGAUCUCAAUCAGAACCGCAGCAAACUGAAGCUGUACAUUGGCCACCUGACCAGCCUGUGUCAGGAGAGAGACCCAAUCAUCCUGCAGGACUCGGCCCCGCCCCCCUCCUAUCAACGUUCUGACUCCGCCUCCUGGCACUCACAGCUUCAUGACAUGACGCAAGAGCAGCUGGAAGCUGAGUUGGCCCUUUGUGAACGGGAGGGGGCCGAACUGCAGGAGUACGCCAACCAGGUGCUGCAGCAGAUUGCUGACCGCUGCCCUGACAUCCUGGAGCAAGUGGUGAACGCACUGGAGGACAGCAGCUGA